AUGUCAACAAAGUGCACUUACCUUUUCGGUCAAAGGUCUAUAAGUAACUCCAGAGUUAAGCGUGCUUGGGCUGGAGUAGUUGAAGGAUGGGUGACCUUCCGGGAAGUGGUUUCCGAAACCGUGGGUGAGGCCCACGGGCCGAGAUGGGCAUGCGGGCCCAGAGAGAGGGCGUGGGUGACUCACCGGGAGGGACGGUCGGGGCAUUAUACCACCGGGCAUCUGAUAGAGAGUAAGUUACCCUCCAGUCUCAAACGCCACUCAUCGGCCUCCUUGAUGUCUUUUGGAGCAUUCUGGAGCAUAUGGGACAUGAGGAGCAUGGAGGGACUUGGCAUGGACGCAGCUCAACUGGAUACGCAAAGGAAGAAGGGAGAAGCCAUCUUGAAGACCAGCUCGACCGUCUACUCGACCAACCGGUCGAGUUCCUCAACUCGACCGGCCAAGCUUCAACUCGAUCGAGCUGGAGUCAAAGUCAAACCCGAAAAAUGUUGCUUCCCCCUUGACUUUCCUUUGACCCUAAACCUAAUCCUCUUGUAUUUAAAGGCUCUAAGCCACGAAAAAACCACCAAGCUUUAG